AUGGAAGCGGAAGCAUGUGCAGAGCGCUUUCUAUGGUGCUUCGCCCGCUACCACUGGUGGCCCGACGCUAUAACGAGCGAUAGGGGCUCGAAUUGGGUAGGCCGCUUUUGGAGGCACAUGUGCAAGUUACUGGGGAUCGACCAGCAGCUAAGCACGGCGUACCACCCCCAAACCGACGGAGGCCCUGAGAGGAUGAACCAAGAAGUACAGGCAUACCUCCGCGCCGUGAUUAACCAGAACCAGAACGACUGGGAUAAGUGGGUUCCCGCGGCUCAGAUGGCGUUAAACGCCGAAGUCACCAGUUCCCUCGUUACGGAAGCAUAUGCGGAAGAGUAUCCUCAGCAUUCGCCAGAAACCAGGGCAAAGAAAUUUGUUACCAAACUACAACAGAUUACGGACCUCUGCCAAGCAUCAAUGGCGACAGCUACGCAGCAACAAGAACGCUUCGCUAACAGACGACGGAACGCGGCAGAACGCUUCGAAGUAGGCGAUAAGGUUUGGCUUGACUUACGGAACUACGCGUCAGAGCGACCUAAGAAGAAGUUCGACUGGCUGCACGCUAAGUAUACGAUAAGCAAGGUACUCGACCCGUACACGGUUGAACUAGCAGACCUCCCGAGGGCUGCUAUAAUAGGUUCCACGUCGACCAACUCCGGAGAGCGGGGACGGACCCAAUGCCUGGUCAGCAACGCACAGACGCUCAACCCCAUCUAUCCAAACCCGACCUGGACCUCUUUAGACAAUAUGCAACAGACAGCGGCCUUGGAUAAGUACGAACAGAGAUACGGCCCGGCUCUCGAAAACGAUGGACCAUACCAGCACCGACGAGUGGCAACGGAAGCACAGCCGGCCCAAAUCCAGGGGCAAGUCGAAGGAAUACAACCACAGCUGCAGAUACAGGGCAAGAGAAUACGCGGACCACUACGGGCUAGGACUAAUGGCGACGCCCCGUCGAUAGUAACGGCACCAGACCCUAUAGACGACGGCCCUACGAUCGUUGUAGAGGGACCAGGAACAGGAAAAAGGGCACCAGCGCCAGAGAGGAGUAGGGGCUAA